AUGGUGCAAACAUUGGGACAUUUCUCGCCCGCGGCCCCGUAUGGCCCUGAUGGGGCAUAUUGGGGCUUGCCCAAGUGCGAGGCUCGACCAACAACGUUUGCGCUAUCUGAUGUCGCUUGUUUGCCGUACCACGGGCAGAUAGGAGGGCUCCUCUUUACUCGCUGA